UCAAUAAUCCCAAUGAAUGCUGAAGGGUACAGCGGCAAGCUGCUCCGUUCUGCUUCAAAUAAUGGGAAAAUAGUCCUCUUCCUGGUACCCCUCCAGGAAGAACUGGAGACAAGUCCACUUCCAUUUGAUGCGGAGGACUUUGCCAAAAUGCCUCAGGUGCCCUGUGUCACUUGUGGUAUAACAAUGCCUCUUCAGAUGCUGGCGUUACAUGCUGGGUCUUGCAGAAAAAUUAAAAAAAACCGGACUGAUCAGACUGAAACUAUAGAGGUUGAUGAGGAUGACUGUGACACAUUGGAGGAGCCAGAAAACACAAUUGAACAUUUGGAAGAAAGAGAGUGCUGCCGUAUCUGCCAGAAGGAUUUCUUGAAGUCUGUGCUUCCUUAUCAUGCCAGUGAAUGCUGUGACAGCAGGGAGGGAGUAUUGGAAAUACACCCAGAUAUGCCAGGACCAUCAUCAACAACUUCAGGAACUUCUUAUUCUGCAGAACCUAGAAGUACUGAAGAAUGGAAAACAGUUGGAGAUCCACAGAAGGCUGUUGAGCUGUUUGUCAGACAACUGAAGCAAGUAGGAGUUAACCAGAGGACACUUGUUCUCACUCUGGAUGCCAUGGACACUGAUGAGGAGCGAGAUAUGUCUCUCAUUUCAUUUUACAAGCACAAGCGUGAGAUAAUCCAGUGGGCAGCUCCUUUUCAUUGUCGCAUUCAAGGUGAUGCUGCAGUUGGUAGAGGCGUGACAAGACACAUCAUCUCGUCUGCCAUUUCCAAGCUGAAACAAGGAUUUAAAAUGAACUUCGGAAAUGCUGCAGUGACUGCAAUGUUUGAAGGAGAAACUGAUCACCUUGUACCAACUACUUCAGCAGUGCUUGCUGAGAGCGAGCUGUUUGUCAUGGCUGGUCGGCUGAUUGGCCACUCUUUAAUUAAUGGAGGUCCAACCUUGUCGGGCAUCAGCUUGGCAGUAGUGCAUGCCUUGACAAGUGGUUCAAAGGAGUUGGCGACAACAUACCUUUCCCUAGAGGACUGCCCAGAUAUUGACCACAGAGAGAUCAUUGGUUUCCUGCUGAGAGAAGAGAUGACUGAGGAAGAGACUUCAAGAUUGUCCAAUCUGUGUAUGGAGUGGUAUUUUCCUGUGCCAACCAAGGAGACAAACAAACUUCUCCUCUUACAGCAGCUCCUCACCCAUUCUGCCAUCACUCGACUUAGUGUGCAGAUGAAGCACCUGAAAAGGGGACUUAAAGAAACGGGUAUCUGGCCACUAAUUACAUCCAGACCUGAUGUUGUGCCCCUCCUCUUCCCGAGGGAAAGUGAAGUGGAAAUCACACCCCAGAUGGUCCUGCAGUCAAUCGUUUGGCCGCACCUAAAAAAAAGGUACGACAGUGACUUUGCAAUUGUGUUCACAGAAAGUCCAAUUUCAAGUAGAUGAACCAAUUGUUCAGUGCAGAUUAUUAUUCUUGGA